AUUCAACACAAUACAGUAACGUACCAAAAUUUAGUGAACGACUUUGACCUUUUGCAAAAAAGCAGGAAAGAAGUUAGUAGUAGGAGAAGAUUAGAUUCCUAAGACAUGGAACUCAAAUCCUCCAUCUCAAAAACAUGGAAACUAUUCUUCCUGGGUUGCUUUUUUGGCGGUCUUCUAUCGGUCUUGUUUAUCGACAAAAUCGAUCGUAAUGAAAGUUUAUCAGAUGCUAAUAAUGCUUUGGUACAAUUAAAUCCCUUGGAAAAAGUAUUGGAUUCACCAAGUAUUAGUCCUAUGUUGGAGCCUAAUAUCAACACCCAUCUGCCUGAAAUUCUGCCCUCGAAAUCUAUACAGGAAACUAAAAAGGUAUGUGAUAUGUUUAAUGGGAGAUGGGUUUACAAGGCGGAUGCUAAACCCAGCUAUAAUUCAAUGACAUGUCCAUUCCUGGAAGUACCUGUAAGCUGCCAAAAGAAUGGUAGAUCAGAUUUCGAGUAUGAAAAAUGGAGCUGGGAAGCUAGAGAAUGUGACAUACCAUUAUUUGAUGGAAGAGUUAUGUUAGAGCGGCUUAGAAACAAGAGGAUGAUUAUAGUUGGGGAUUCAAUCAACAGAAAUAUGUGGGAAUCUCUUGCUUGCCUUCUCUACUCAUCCGUACCUUCUUCUCGAACACAAUCCACUGUUAAAAACACUGGUCACAUGACCUUCAAAGCUAAGGAUUAUAACUUCACGUUUGAGUUCUACAUGAUCCCCUUUCUAAUCCAACUUGAUAAGAAGCAUAAAAGUGGCCACAGAGUUCUUAUUCUUGAUCAAAUUUCACAUUUUUCGAAUCAAUGGCGAGGUGCAAAUAUUAUGGUAUUCAACUCUGCGCACUGGUGGACUCAUAACAACUUCAUUAAAUCUUGGGAUAUGUUCGAGUACAAAGGAAAGCUAACAGAAGACACGCCAAGAGAAAUUGCGUACAAACGAGGGAUGCGAACAUGGGCGUCAUGGAUAAAGAAAAACGUCGAUCCAAAGAAAACAACGGUCUAUUUCCGAAGUGUAUCCCCGACACACGACUCUAAGAAAAACAAACAAUGGUGCCACAAUAAUAUAACGCAACCGAUGAUGAAAGACUCGUACGUCAUGGGUUUCCCGCAAGCAGUUAUCGAUGUAAUUGAGAAUGUCAUAAAAGGGUUGAGCAAAUCACGAGUUAAGUACUUGAAUAUUACAAAUCUUUCUACAUAUAGAAUAGAUGCACAUCCUUCAAUUUAUACCAAAAAGAUUGGGGUUAAUAAUCUUUCGGGUCGCCCUGACUGUAGUCAUUGGUGUCUCCCAGGAUUGCCGGAUACUUGGAAUAGAGUAUUGUAUGCUUCCAUUUUAUUUGAUACUACUUUAGAAGGUACGCCAACAAUGUAAAUACUUGUAGCGUUAUAUUUUGUUUGUGUGAAAACCUGUCAUGAUUUAUUAGUCAUUAACCAUUUAGAUUAAUUAUUGAGGUUACUGAAAGGUUAUUGAAUUGAAGUUGAUUGUUUAAAUAAGUGUAUAAGAAAUUAAGAACUAAGAAGUUGCAUGUGAAAGUACCGAAAACUGUGCUCUAGCUCGAUCGAUCUAUUCACGAAAAAAGAGUGUC